AUGCCGAGCCGCGCAUACUUCCUCGGCGAGCUCCUGGAGUCCAAGUUCUUCUUUGGCAUGGCAAACAUGCUCGACUCCGAUUCCGAGAGCGACCUCGACGUGCAGGACGAGCUCGUAGUCACCGGCGUCGAGCCGCUCAUGCGCCGGAGGACGCAGGAGAUCGGACCCGAGCGGCUGAGCGUGGCGCGACUGCAGCGCGAGGCGGCGGCUCGCGGGCACGCCGGCGACGAUGUCUCGAGCGCCACGUACCAGAACUACGGCUUCCACCUUCGCUGGCUGCCAAUCGUCAUCGCGGCGCUCAUGGUGCCGGCUGUGAUCCAGACUGUCGGCGGGCACCUCUUCACCGGCGAGGAAGCUGUGCUGCUGCUGCUGCUCCGCUUCCGGAGCGACGACGGCUUCGACAAGAUGACGUGGACGACGGGGCGAAACAUCUCCGCCCUCUCCGAGGUAGAGCAUGUGCACAACACAUUCCCGCACCUCGUCGACCACCGCUCCUUUUCCUCGUGGUCGCCGCACUUCCACCAGUUUGCCCAGGCCUUCACCGACUAUGGCCUCCCCAUCCAGAACUUGAUCGGCUUCAUCGACGGCAAGCUCUGGGCGGUGUGCCGGCCGGGCAGGUAUCAGAAUGUGCUGUACUCCGGCCACAAGCGUAUCCACGGCAUCAAGACGCAGGGCAUCAUCUUCCCAAAUGGCAUGCAGCCCUACCCCUUCGGCCCGGUGAACGGCAGCCGGCACGACUCCACCGUCCUCUCGCGCUCGCGAAUUGUCCAGAUCCUGCACGACCUCUGCCGCGGCGGCCCGUUUGCGUGGAUGCCAGGUGGCCUCGGCCAGGACUACUGCCUCUUUGGCGACUCCGCCUACCCGAUCAGCGCCUUCCUGUGGCGCAUGUACAAGGGCGCCAUGACCCCGGCCCAGCAGUUCUUCAACAGCACCAUGUCCCCCGCGCGCGUCACUGUCGAGUGGGGCUUUGGCAAGAUCGUCAACCUCUGGCCCUUCCUCGACUACCGCAAGAAGUCCAAGGCGCGUCCACUCACCCCGCCUCACACACACGCCUUGCAGGUCUUGCUCUCCCCUGUGGGCCUGUACUUCCCCGUCGCCAACGUGCUGACCAACAUGCACACGUGCCUCGCUCGCGGCAACAUCGUCAGCUACGAGUUCGGGCUCGCGCCCCCGGAGCUGCACGAGUACAUGCGCGGCGGCCCCUACUCGUGCGAGCCGCACGACAUCUUUUGA